AUGGCGCAGCGUUUGAUAUUCUUGUCCCUUCUGUGCGGGCAUCUUUUGUAUUCAGGGAAUUGUUCAGCACCUAUUCAAAGUAGCGCCAAUGUAGCGCCAUUUUUCACCUAUCUUUGUGACGAUGAUUUAUUAAAGACCGCGGUCAAUAAGAUGGAGUUCUUGAGCCUCAAACUAGAGAAUUAUAAUUUGCGUAUGCAAAGCGAAUUAAUGGCAAUGAAAGAGCAGCUUCUUCGUGAAAUAAAGGAAAUAAAGAAUAAUCAGGAAUCUGUGCCACCUGCAACCAAGAAACCAUCUUCUUGUACCGAAGCAAUGCGUCAAGAAAACGGGAAAUAUGCAGAGAGUGGUGUUUAUGAACUUAAUCUGCCGGAAUUCCUUUAUCACCCUUUCUAUGUUUACUGUCUACGUGAUGCCAAUGGCGGCGAACCAUGGACUAUAAUUCAACGUCGUCAAAGCAACGACACCGACUUCUAUCGUGGUUGGUUCGAGUAUGAACACGGUUUCGGCGAUUUGAAUGCCAAUUUCUUUCUCGGCUUGGAUAAAAUAUAUGCCCUGACGAGUUCGCGAUCUCAUGAUCUUUGGUUUCAAUUGGAGGAUUUUCAAAAUGAGAAACGUGUUGCUAAGUACGAUAAUUUCGCUAUAGGCAAUGCUCAGGAUAAGUAUGAGCUAAUUGCGCUUGGUCAAUACUCAGGCACGGCCGGUGACUCAUUCACUUAUCCACGCGGUUCAAAAUUCACCACUAAAGAUAGUGAUAAUGACAAAAGUAGUGUUAACUGUGCAGUAUAUUAUAAGGGGGCUUGGUGGUAUAAUGAUUGUAGUUACAGCAAUCUGAACGGUUUAUAUUUAGGAGGAGAAUAUCCACAAAGUCAGGAAGGCAAAGGCGUGAUGUGGAAUGCCUGGCGUGGAUUUUAUUACUCUCUCAAAUAUGUACAUAUGGCUAUAAGACCGAAGUAUCACUGAGAUGGUGGUUUGCUAUUGAAAACCUUAGCCUCCAUAAAAUGUUA